GUUGAUAGCGGUGGAAACAGGGGAGGAUGAGGACACUUAAAGAGAGCCCGCUCUCCCUCCUCCUCCCCCUCCUUUCCCAGCAUCUGAGAUAGCGGCAGUACCAGCGGGCGGGCGGGAGCUGCCGCUGUGUGCUGCGCGCGCCGGCCGGCCGGUUGGUCGGUCAAGUGAAGCCAAGCCGGCCAAAACAAGACGGCGAAGGUCUGAGAACGCGGGCAAGACCCUAAUUUUGGAAUGUUGGGGGAAGGAGCCUCUCUGUCUCUCGCGCGCCGCAGAAUCCUACAAUUUGAGGAGGACUGAUAAUUUCCUUGCACUAGGUCCAUCUAAUGGUUAUCUUCUACCAAGAUCUUCAAAAACAACUGAAAGUUUGAAGAAUUCUUGAUGUUGUACUUAAGAGAUAACUUUGCCUUCUGUUCUUUAAGUUCUUGCACUGGAAUCUGACAUUUUUUCUCUUUGGUUUGAAAAAAAAGAUUGAAAGAAAAGAAAGACUCCUAUCUCCCUCCCUCCCUCUGUUAUCUUUUUCUGCACCAGAAUCAUAAGGAACGUUUGCAAAGAAAAAUAUUUUUUUCCUGGCAUUCACCAAGGAAAACAAGUGGAUUAUGACCUUACUACAUUCAGUUCAGACUUUCUAGCAUUUUGGCAUAUCUUGCAGAUCUUUGCCUUUGGAUACUUUUUCCUGUUGCAUUUUGCUGAGAUAAAAGCUUAACAGCAGGUUCUCUCUCUGUUGCUGCUUUCCCAGACAUAUGGCUGGAAUUUUUCAGUGUGGCCCUUUGACAGAUAAAAAUUGCAAAUCUUUUUCCUUUCUUGACUUUUAAGCUAUCUUUAAGAACAGAAAACUCUGACAUAUUUGUCUGAUGCAUGGGAAUCUUCAGCGUAAUUAUCUGUGAAACAUUAACUGACAAAAUCAUGGUAUAUUGCCUUCAUUCAAUCUUAGACUGUAUUUCUAAAAAUAUACCUAAUAAGCAUUGAUGUCAAAAUAUCACACUGUCAGUCUGAAGCAGUUUGUGAAUCUAUGGUAGACAUGAAUCUUCCUCAUGAGAGAGUAUUGGAUAACAUUGUUGGCAUCUCUACUUUUCUAAAUGGUCUUCCUCUUACGACUUGAGGUGACUUUAGGUUAAACUGAUCAGGGAAAAGGGUUUUUGUUUUGAUUUUUUUCCGGUUACUCUGCCAUCUUUGUUGCCAAGAUGGCUUCUGUUCGGUUUAUGGUUACCCCUACUAAAAUUGAUGAUAUCCCAGGACUAUCUGAUACUAGCCCAGACCUCAGCUCCCGCUCUAGCUCCUGCGUCCGGUUCAGUUCCAGAGAAAGUGUGCCUGAAACAAGCCGGAGUGAGGGUGCCAGUGAUUUUUCACGAGCAACCACUUCCUUGGCCACUGAAGCUGUCGAACCUGCUUCUGACAAGAUCACCAACCCUCGCACAGAUGUGGUUGAAGAUGUGAGUCAAACUUCCAUCACAGGGGAACAAUGUCAGCUCUUAGAUCCUGGACACAAGAAGGAUUCCCAAACAUUUCUUAACAAUAUCAACUAUGAAGAAGGUGAUGAAUUCUUUGACAAGAAUUUGGCACUCUUCGAGGAAGAGAUGGAUACGCGACCCAAAGUGUCUUCCCUGCUCAAUCGAAUGGCCAACUAUACCAACUUGAUGCAGGGAGCCCGUGAACACGAGGAGGCAGAGAAUGUCCCUCCAGGCAAGAAAAAAAUCACCAAGAUUCCACAGAUGGGCACAUUCAUGGGAGUCUACUUACCUUGCCUGCAGAACAUCUUUGGAGUGAUUCUUUUCUUGCGUCUUACUUGGGUUGUGGGUACAGCUGGUGUGCUGCAAGCCUUUACCAUUGUCCUUAUUUGCUGUUGCUGUACAUUGCUGACAGCCAUCUCCAUGAGUGCUAUUGCCACUAAUGGAGUAGUGCCUGCUGGAGGAUCGUACUUCAUGAUUUCACGAGCUCUGGGCCCUGAGUUUGGAGGAGCUGUAGGACUCUGCUUCUAUCUCGGCACUACCUUUGCAGCUUCUAUGUACAUCUUGGGGGCUAUUGAAAUCUUCCUGAUGUACAUUGCCCCCAAGGCAGCCAUCUUCCACAGCGAUGAUCCCCUGAAGGAGCCAGCAGCCAUGCUGAACAACAUGCGGGUUUAUGGCUCGGCCUUCCUGCUGCUUAUGGUGCUGGUGGUAUUUGUGGGAGUGCGUUACGUGAACAAGUUUGCUUCUCUUUUCCUGGCCUGCGUCAUCGUCUCCAUUCUGGCUAUUUACGCUGGUGUCAUCAAGUCUUCCUUUGCACCUCCUGAUUUUCCUGUGUGCAUGCUGGGGAAUCGUUCCCUCUCCCAACACCAUAUUCAGACAUGUGCCAAGACCAAGGAGUAUGGUAACCUCACCAUACCAACAUUCCUGUGGACACGCUUUUGCAACCAUAGCAGGCUUCUCAACGCCUCUUGCGAUGAGUACUUCCAACACAACAAUGUCACUGCUAUCCAAGGAAUUCCAGGACUAGCCAGUGGUGUUUUUACUGAGAACCUUUGGAGCAGCUACCUGAUGAAAGGUGAAAUACUUGAGAAGCCAUCUUUGCAUGCAGUUGAUGUGGGAGGAGCUCUGAAUCAGCAGUAUGUCUUGGCUGAUAUCACCACUUCUUUUACUCUUCUUGUGGGCAUAUUUUUCCCUUCUGUCACUGGAAUCAUGGCUGGGUCAAAUCGUUCAGGGGACCUAAAGGAUGCCCAGAAAUCUAUUCCCAUCGGUACCAUCUUGGCUAUUCUCACCACCUCUUUUGUGUAUCUUAGCAAUGUAGUGCUAUUUGGGGCAUGUGUAGAAGGCGUGGUACUCAGGGACAAAUUUGGCGACACAGUCAAGGGGAACCUGGUGGUGGGCACCCUCUCCUGGCCAUCUCCUUGGGUCAUUGUCAUUGGCUCGUUCUUCUCCACAUGUGGAGCUGGGCUGCAGAGUCUCACAGGUGCACCCCGGCUAUUGCAGGCCAUAGCUAAGGACAACAUCAUACCCUUCCUGAGGGUCUUUGGCCAUGGUAAAGCUAAUGGGGAGCCUACCUGGGCUUUGCUUCUGACAGCCGGAAUUGCAGAACUUGGGAUCCUGAUUGCAUCCUUGGACAUGGUGGCCCCUAUUCUCUCCAUGUUCUUCCUGAUGUGUUACCUCUUUGUCAACCUAGCCUGUGCCUUACAAACUUUACUACGCACCCCCAAUUGGAGACCACGCUUCCGGUACUACCAUUGGAUACUCUCCUUCAUGGGCAUGAGUAUCUGUGUGGCGCUCAUGUUCAUCUCCUCCUGGUAUUACGCAAUUAUUGCAAUGGUGAUAGCUGGCAUGAUCUACAAAUAUAUAGAGUAUCAUGGGGCUGAGAAGGAAUGGGGAGAUGGCAUCCGUGGCUUGUCCCUGAGUGCCGCCCGUUUUGCUUUGCUGCGCCUUGAAGAGGGGCCACCCCACACCAAAAAUUGGAGGCCACAAUUGUUGGUGUUGCUAAAGUUGGAUGAGGAUCUGCAUGUGAAGCAUCCACAUCUGCUCACCUUUGCUUCUCAGCUGAAAGCUGGCAAAGGACUCACUAUUGUAGGUUCAGUCAUGGUGGGCAACUUCCUGGAGAGUUACAGUGAAGCACUGGCUGCUGAGCAGACUAUCAAACAUCUGAUGGAGGCAGAACGCGUGAAAGGCUUCUGUCAGAUCGUGGUGGCUGCCAAGGUGCGAGAGGGCAUCUCCCACCUCAUUCAGUCCUGCGGGCUUGGUGGCAUGAAGCACAACACUGUGGUGAUGGGCUGGCCGAAUGCCUGGCGUCAGAGUGAGGAUGCACGUGCUUGGAAGACUUUUAUUGGCACUGUCCGGGUGACUACAGCUGCCCGCCUGGCCUUACUCGUGGCAAAGAACGUGGCUUUUUACCCUAGCAACGCAGAGCCUUUUUCCGAGGGCAACAUUGAUGUCUGGUGGAUUGUGCACGAUGGAGGGAUGUUGAUGCUCCUCCCUUUCCUUCUCAAGCAGCACAAGGUGUGGCGUAAGUGCAAAAUCCGCAUCUUUACAGUAGCCCAACUGGAGGACAACAGCAUACAAAUGAAGAAGGAUCUGGCCACCUUCCUGUAUCACCUUCGUAUCGAGGCAGAGGUGGAAGUGGUUGAGAUGCAUGACAGCGACAUCUCUGCCUACACAUAUGAGCGUACUUUGAUGAUGGAGCAGCGCUCCCAGAUGUUGCGCCAAAUGCGUCUCUCUAAAACGGAACGAGAACGUGAGGUGAACUGGGCUGAAACAAAGGCCCAGCUUGUGAAAGACAGGAACUCAAUGUUGCGGCUGACCAGCAUUGGCUCAGAUGAUGAUGAAGAGACUGAGACCUACCAGGAGAAGGUGCACAUGACCUGGACCAAGGACAAAUACAUGGCUUCUCAUGGACACAAACUCAGGACCCUGGAGGGCUUCCAAGACCUGCUCAACAUGCGACCGGAUCAGUCUAAUGUGCGACGUAUGCACACGGCUGUCAAGCUGAAUGAAGUUAUUGUCAACAAGUCCCAUGAGGCUAAGCUUGUCCUGCUUAAUAUGCCUGGGCCACCACGAAACCCUGAAGGCGACGAAAACUAUAUGGAAUUCCUGGAGGUCCUCACAGAGGGGCUGGAGCGUGUGCUGCUUGUACGGGGCGGAGGCAGCGAAGUCAUCACCAUCUAUUCAUAGAGGAGGAGUUGGGGAGUCUUCCUCCUGAUGAACUGUGUUCAAAUUGAUACUCUCUUCCUACCUGUUCCCAUGUGCCACUUGGAUCUCCCGAGACCAGCUUUUACCGCCACACCUAUUUGCUUUCAUUUCUCGUGGCAAUUCAGGGCCUUCAAAUUGGGUGUUUUCCCCACCCCCACCCCUCCAGUGUUUGGAGGAUGGCAGCUUCUUCAGCUUCCAUCAAGUUAAAGCUGCACACUAGAAUCUUCAAAAAGCUUGUCGGUGAGAGGGAAAUUUAGAGAUAGGUAGGAGAUUGCUGUCAUCCUUUCAAGAAAUGUAGGAGCCAUAUCGCGAGUAGUAACUCUGCAGGGCAUUAAUAAGAAGAGCAAAAGAUCAGGAAAAGAGUGACAGGAUCCAUCAGCUGGAACAGCAGGUUUGGCCCAGCUGGAGAAGCUGUUACUUGUCAUUAUCAUGUUAAGAGGAACAAGAAGGGAAAGUAGAUACUGCUGAGGGAAAUCCAUCCUUUGUUGUGCUGUUUUCUCCUGGUCAGCAUCAGUCUCCUUGCUUUCCUUCCCACUGAAAUGAAGGCCAACAAUAAGCAUUUAGAAGUCACUUUUCAUAGUGCUUAUCCCUGAUCCCAUGUAGUAUUCUGAGAAUCAGACAGUGUUUGCUGACAAGGGGAGAGAAUGGCUGAUCCCCAAGUUAGGGUGGGAGCAGCAUAUUAAUGGGGAAACUUCUUUUCCAUCUGGCCUUUGCACUUCUACUGAGUCAAGGAAACUAGCAGCUGCCUUCUCUUUUUAUAGAUAAUCUGUAAAACUGCGCCAGGUGGCUGUCAUACUUUGUUCUUACAUAUCGAUGGGGUAAAGAUUUCUAUUGUGAAGAACAGGGUUUUCUGAUUUUCCAAAUUGCCCCCUUUGCUUUUGAAGAAGUCCAUCUCUUCUUCCAAGCUUGGAUAAGAAGAAAAUUAAUGCCACAUCUUCUGUGCCAAGCAAUAUUGCCCUCUUUGAUGUCAGUGAUAAAGAUAUCCAGCUUACUUUUAUAAGUGUUGGGGUGGAGUUUUUCCUUACCUCUACAGAAGCAAACUUAGAGAAAGGUGCUGUGUCUAUUUUGUCCUAUCUAAUUUCAAUGAUGGAUCUCUCCUUCUCUUGGUAUCUCUUGCUCAAGAAUAGAAUACAGGGACCACUCCCUUGGCUUAGCCUUAAGACACAUCUCAAGCCUGUCGUUUUAUUUUUAAGAGAGAAUUUCACGGCAUCUCUUAUUUUAGCUGAGAGCUUUUUUUAAUUUAUUCAGGGUGCAACCUUGUUUACAUCGCAUCAAAUUUGGGAGUGUUUUUUUUUUUUUUUGCUUCUUGAAUUAUGUAAAGAAUAAACAUUUUAUAUGCAAUUUUUUAUUUUAGUUGUGCAUAAGUGGCUCCACUUGCAAAGCUCAUGUAUUCAUUAUGUAACAUUCAUCCACUUUACAGCCUUGGUAUCAUUUAUAAAAAGCAGUAAAUAAAUGGCAUAUGCUUAGAUUUUCCACAUUUUGAAAAGAAAAUCUUCAUCCAGUGCUCUAGUUCAUAGAAACAUGACUGUGAGACUAAUGUGAACAGGCUAUUGUAUAUCACCCCACCCCCCAGUAAAUUUGUAUCAGUGGCUUAAGAAUUAGGGUAACGUACAUGAAUUUUGGAGUCGUUUUUUGUUCUCCGUUGUAAAGGUUAAAAGAGUCCCUGUGGAUUUUCAUUGGCUGGCUCUAGUGGGCAGAGCUCAUCUCCAUUUCAAGGUCAAGGCCAGUGCUGUCCAAAGACAUUUUCAGUCAUGUGACAUCACAAAUGGCUGUUAUCAUCCCACAGAAGUGGUACCUAUUUAUUUACCCACACAUGCAUGCUUUCAAGCUGCUAGGUUGGCAGGAGCUGGGUAGAGGAUGGGAGCUCACCCCGUCACUUGGGUCUUGAACUGGACUUCUGGUUUUCCAGCCGACAAGCCCAAUGUCUUAAUUGUUGAGCUACCGCGCUGCCCCAUUGUUCCCUAUGAAGCUUUCAACAUUUUUCAUUGAUGUUCAUACAUAAUUGACAAACAAUUAGAAUCCUAUAAAAUGUUCCAACUUUAUCUUUCCCACAGGAGAUCAUCCAGCACAUGCCUGUAUACUUUUCAGUUGGCUUUAGGAUAAUGAAAUCCAAAUUUAUCAAGAAUUACAAUUACCUAUGAAUUAACCUUCAAGUCAGAGCAUGUAUGCAUUUACCCUAAAACACUUAGCUUUGACAUUAGAUGCUACAGAUGCCUUCCUGAGUCAC